CUCGUUCGCCCUUAACGGCCGCCAUUUUGUGUGAGGCCCUCUAUUCUAAAGCGGGAGAAAAUUAUCAGGCCAGCACACUGCUUAUUCAGACGUCCACGAAGAAUUGAAGCGAGCACCCGCAUUCGACAGGCUUCGAACAGAAUAUAACGAUAAAAUAAGCACUCUGAGAGUGUUGACAGGCCGGUCGCCAUGGAGGGCGAUGUUGUUUCCAUGGAGACCACCCAUGCAGCAACCCUAGCUCCCGAAGGUGGGGUUCUGCCAGAAGCAGGAGAUGCUGUGAUCCAAGGGGUGGCGGGAGCAUCACAAGCCGUUGAGGUUCCAGGCAACAUGGAGAUGAUGGUGAUGGAUGCCCUGGAUCCGACUUUGUUGCAAAUGAAGACAGAGGUGCUGGAGGGAGGGGGCACAGUAACUGUAACUGGUGGAGAUGAGGGCCAGAUCAUCACCCUUCAGGUUGUAAAUAUGGAGGAGCAGGCUGGUGCUGCUUUAGGUCUUGGUCAGCUACAGCUUGUGCAAGUUCCAGUCACUACAACUACAGUAGAUGGCCUUCAGGGCACCUAUGUGGAUGGAUCAGCUAAUAAGGAUGCAGAGCCGGUUAUCUGUCACACACUUCCUUUGCCAGAAGGUUUCCAGGUGGUGAAAGUGGGGGCUAAUGGUGAGGUAGAGACUGUGGAGCAAGAGGAGCUUCAAGCCGUCCACAAUGAGCUUCAAGGGACAAGGGAAGAAGAGGGAGAGGAUGGCGAAGUGGCAGCAGAUCAAGAACCCACUGAGCCUCAAACAGGGUGGCAGAAGGACCCAGACUACCAGCCAAUUACACCAGUCCGCAAAGGAAAGAAGGGAAAGAAAAGCCGUCUACGUUAUGCAGAGGGCGACCGAGACAUGGAUGUUUCUGUGUACGACUUUGAGGAAGAGCAACAGGAGGGACUUCUGUCAGAGGUGAAUGCAGAAAAGGUUGUUGGAAACAUGAAGCCCCCUAAGCCAACUAAGAUCAAGAAAAAAGGUGUGAAGAAGACCUUCCAGUGUGAGCUUUGUAGCUACACUUGCCCACGACGCUCUAACCUGGACAGGCAUAUGAAGAGCCACACAGACGAGAGACCACACAAAUGUCAUUUGUGUGGAAGGGCCUUUAGAACAGUCACACUGCUGAGAAACCACCUCAACACCCACACAGGCACCCGACCACACAAAUGCACUGACUGUGACAUGGCGUUUGUGACCAGUGGAGAGUUGGUGCGCCAUCGUCGCUACAAGCACACGCAUGAGAAGCCCUUCAAGUGCUCCAUGUGUGACUAUUGCAGUGUGGAGGUGAGCAAAUUGAAAAGGCACAUCCGCUCUCACACCGGCGAGAGGCCCUUCCAGUGCAGUCUAUGCAGCUAUGCUAGCAGGGACACUUACAAAUUGAAAAGGCACAUGAGGACACACUCAGGCGAAAAGCCAUACGAGUGCUACAUCUGCCACGCUCGUUUUACCCAGAGUGGCACCAUGAAGAUGCAUAUUCUGCAGAAACACACAGAGAACGUGGCGAAGUUCCAUUGUCCACAUUGUGACACUGUCAUCGCACGCAAGAGUGACCUUGGCGUUCACUUGCGAAAGCAACAUUCAUUUAUUGAGAAGGGAAAGAAAUGUCGUUACUGUGACGCCGUUUUCCAUGAGCGAUAUGCUCUUAUCCAACACCAGAAGACUCACAAGAAUGAGAAACGUUUUAAGUGUGACCAGUGUGAUUACUGUUGCAAGCAGGAACGUCACAUGAUCAUGCACAAGCGUACACACACUGGGGAGAAGCCCUUUGCCUGCAGUCAGUGUGAGAAAACGUUCAGACAGAAGCAGCUUCUGGACAUGCACUUCAAACGUUACCAUGACCCCAACUUUGUGCCCACCGCCUUUGUGUGUAACAAGUGUAGCAAGACGUUCACCCGCAGGAAUACCAUGCUGCGCCACAGUGAGAACUGCAUGGGCGAAGUUCCUGGAGACCAAAAUGGAACUCCUCCGAAGAAGGGUCGCCGUGGUAGGAAGAGGAAGAUGCAGGACAGGCAUGAUGAUGAGGACGACACGGAACCUGAACUUGACGAGGAGAUUGAAGAUGAGGAUGAUUUGUUAACUGAGAUCGAAGUGGAACAGGCUCCACCAGUGGUUCCGAUCGCAGCUCCGGAGGAUCCCCCAGUCAAGAGGAAGCGUGGGCGCCCCCCAAAGAACAAGCCAGAUAUGGCUGCUAUUAUCCGCGUUGAGGACGAGGCCACUGGAGAGGUGGACGACAUCAUUGUGAAAAAGGAGGUUGGCGCAGAACAAGAAGAUAUGGAAGAGGGAGCCACACAUGAAGUGGUUGUCGGUGAAGGCGAUUCCACUAUUCAGAUGGAGGAGUUGUCCCAGGAACAGGAGAUGCAGCUGUCAGAGGCACCACCAAAUGGAGACCUCACCCCUGAGAUGAUCCUCAGCAUGAUGGACCGGUGAUGGCUGCAAGGGAUGACCCUGUAAACACAAAACAGACCCCGUUUCACAUCCACAUCUAAUUCUUGGCAUUUAGGAUUACCAACACUUGCAUUCGACAUAGACAAACAUCACUGUUGUAAUUUAAUGCAGGCUUGCUUUUUAAUCGUGCAUUGACAUGGAUGAGUGACAAAGACUUUUAAUACGGAUUUAUUUACCAAAAAAUCAUUUCAAAAUUUGUGUUUUGGGCUGGCUGUAAUUUCAUCACAGUAUCUUGAGCCUUCUCAUUGUUGUCCUUGGUGUUUAGUACAUUAGUAGGAACAUCAUUAUUAAUAAACCUAUUCUGGCAACGCUAUCAAAAAUCAUGCUUCCCUAAAUCCCAGACAUGUGCAUGUAAGUAUUCAGAGGAUCUAGGUGCAUAUUCAUCUCUGUCACCCAUGCCCAGUUUUUAUCGCCCUGUGUAUUUUUUUACUUGUUACACUUCUUGGUAAGGAUCACUUGUGUCAUCAGGUGAACAUUGUAAGCAGAUCAAUCACCAAGGUCAUGGAUCUUUCUGCACUUUUUCAGUCCAUGUUCAAUGUCCUCACUGAAGAGCCCGUUUUACCUCUUGGUUUGGAAGACUGCCCCCCAAAAGCCAUCUUUUAAUUGGCUUUUCAGUUCGACUCCUUAAACCUGCUGUUGGCCUUUGAUGGCAAAAACAACAGGAGACGAUAAAAUAUGUAAUCACUGUCCAGAGACCAGAAGAUAAUGUUAUUGUUAAUUACAGCAAAAAGAUUUGAAAUAUUUUUAUUGUAUUUUUAUUGUUUGGUUUCUUUGCUGUGGUUAGUAAAAAAAUAUUUUAACACCUAUUCUAGUUUAUCAAAGCUUCUAGUCUGCUUACUUUAUAUCUCUUCUUGCUACUGUAACACCCCUAGACGAUGUCUAUGUACAAAACAUUGUCAUUUUAUGUGCAAAGAAUGUCUUUCUUUUCUUUUUUUUGCUCCCUUGUGUAGCCAUUCCACUUUGGGUUCAUGGUUUCUUUUUGUACUGAUUGCAAUACCUUCUGGGCAGUGUGAUGUUUUCAAUGACUGGCAGUUGACAAAUGUAUGAUGGUACAACCAAUAAAAAGUAGACAUGGA